AUGGCAACUUCAUCUAUACAACGAAUACUUGAACUUCGAGAUGCAUCUAUUCCAAAGGAUAGUUUGCUUGGACAUUUACUUCCUGAUACAUCUGUUCUUGAUGUAACUAAUAUUCCACGACAAUGUGGUCUUUUAUCAGAUGAUGAAAUUACUAUUACUGAACAUUAUUCAGCUACUCAACUCGUUACUCAACUUGCUCAAGGUCAACUAACAGCUGAACAAGUUAUUAAAGCUUAUCUUAAACGAGCUGGUAUUGCUCAUCAAUUGACUAAUUGUGCUACAGAAUUUCUUGUUAAAGAAGCAUUAGAUCGAGCUAAAUAUUUAGAUGAAGAAUUUAAAAGACGAGGAGGACCAGUAGGACCACUUCAUGGAUGGAUAAAAUGGAUUGAUAGAAUUGCUGAAGAUGAUGCUCUUAUUGUAAAAAUUCUUUAUGAAGCAGGUGCUAUCUUCUAUGUUCGUACUACUGAACCCCAAAGUCUUAUGCAUUUAGAAUGUAGUAGUCCUGUUUAUGGUACUACUUUGAAUCCAUUUAAUCGAAAUUUAACUUCCGGUGGAAGUACAGGUGGAGAAGGUGCUCUUCUUGUUCUUAAAGCUAGUCCAAUGGGCGUAGGAACUGAUAUUGGUGGAAGUAUACGUUCUCCAGCUGCUAAUAAUGGAAUUUAUGGAUUGAGACCAACUACUUUUCGAAUACCACUACAAGGUGUGAUGGUAGCACAAAUUGGAAGAGAGAGUAUUAUUGCUGUACUUGGUCCACUUGCUCGAAAAAGAGAAGAUAUUAAUCUAUUUAUGAAAACAGUACUUGAUACCGAACCAUGGUUAAGAGAUCCAUCUCUUGUACCUAUUCCAUGGAGAUCGAUUAGUUUAAAUUCAAAAAAUUUGACAAUUGCCGUAAUGUGGGAUGAUGGUAUUGUACAUCCUCAUCCACCUAUUAUUCGAGCUCUUCAUGAAACUGUCGAGAAUUUAAAAAUAUCAGGAAUUUGA